AUGGGAGCCCUUUUGAGGAAAGCAAACCUCCCCGGAGCGGCCUCGCCGGGCCGCGAUGCCAGGAUGCCCGUCUCUACCUCCCUGCACCCGGACGGCAGCCAGGAGCGGCCCGUGAGCCUCGCCUCCACCGCGUCCUCGUCCGGCUCCUCCCGGGACAGCCGCGGCGCCAUGGAGGAGCCCCGCGGCCCCGAGGCCCCGGCCAGGAACGGGGCGGGCUCGCCGCGGGGCCGGCACCCCCCCAACAGCAACAACAACUCCAGCGGCCGGCCCGCCAAGAAGGGGCCCCUGUCCCCGUUCAGCGGCCGGGCCGCCGCGGCGCCCGCGCACAAGCUCAGCUACCUGGGCCGCGUGGUGCGGGAGAUCGUGGAGACGGAGCGCAUGUACGUGCAGGACCUGCGCAGCAUCGUGGAGGACUACCUCCUGAAGAUCAUCGACACCCCCGGGCUGCUGCAGCCAGAACAAGUCAGCGCCCUCUUCGGGAACAUAGAAAGCAUCUAUGCACUGAACAGCCAGCUACUCAGAGACCUGGACAACUGCAACAGCGACCCUGUGGCCGUGGCCAGCUGCUUUGUGGAGCGGAGUCAAGAGUUUGAUAUCUACACCCAGUAUUGCAACAACUACCCCAACUCCGUGGCCGCCCUGACCGAGUGCAUGCGGGACAAGCAGCAGGCCAAGUUCUUCCGGGACCGGCAGGCGCUGCUGCAGCACUCGCUGCCCCUGGGCUCCUACCUGCUGAAGCCGGUGCAGCGCAUCCUCAAGUACCACCUGCUGCUCCAGGAGAUCGCCAAACACUUCGACGAAGAGGAGGACGGCUUCGAGGUGGUGGAGGACGCCAUCGACACCAUGACCUGCGUGGCCUGGUACAUCAACGACAUGAAGAGGAGGCACGAGCACGCAGUCCGGCUGCAGGAGAUCCAGUCGCUGCUCAUCAACUGGAAGGGGCCCGACCUGACCAUCUACGGGGAGCUGGUCCUGGAGGGCACCUUCCGCCUGCACCGCGUGCGGAGCGAGAAGACCUUCUUCCUCUUCGACAAGGCGCUGCUCAUCACCAAGAAGCGGGGCGACCACUUCGUGUACAAGGGUCACAUCCCGUGCUCCUCCCUGAUGCUGAUCGAAAGCACCAGAGACUCCCUGUGCUUCACCGUCACCCACUACAAGCACAGCAAGCAGCAGUACAGCAUCCAGGCCAAAACCGUGCAGGAGAAGCGGAACUGGACGCACCACAUCAAGAGGCUCAUCCUGGAGAACCACCACACCACCAUCCCCCAGAAGGCCAAGGAAGCGAUCUUGGAAAUGGACUCCUAUUAUCCCAACCGGCACCGCUACAGCCCGGAGCGCCUGAAGAAGGCCUGGUCCUCCCAGGACGAGGCGCCAACCCACGCGCGCCAGGGCCGCCGGCAGUCUGAGCCAACCAAACACCUGCUCAGGCAGCUCAGCGAGAAAGCGACCCGAGCGGCCAGAGGAAUGAAGGGGAAGGGGCGCAGGGAGUCGGAAGGCGCCAAGAGCUGCCGGCGGCCCAGCGGCCGGUCUCCCACCCGUGCCGAGAAGCGCAGGAGCUUCGAGUCCGUUUCUUCCCUGCCUGAGGUGGAGCCGGACCCUGAGGCUGGGGCCGAGCAGGAGGUGUUUGCUGCCGAGGAGGGUCCCAGCGCCGAGGAGAUGCCCUCGGACACGGAGUCCCCGGAAGUCCUGGAGACACAGCUGGAUGCCCAUGGGGAGCCGCUGGGGCUGGGCCCCCCGAGUGACAUGGUGGACUUCCUAGCGGCUGAGAGCACCGAGGGCAUGAAGGCCUUGAGCAGCGAGGAGGAGGAGGUAGAAGAAGAGGAGGAGGAGGAAGAGGAGGAGGAGGAGGAGGAGGAGGAAACGGGGGCUGCCCAGGAGCCCGAGAGCCUCCUGCCGCCCUCGGUGCUGGACCAGGCCAGUGUCAUCGCCGAGCGGUUCGCCAGCGGCUUCUCCCGGCGGAGCAGCCUGGCCCUGGAGGACGGCAAGUCUGCCGGCUUCGCGACCCCGAGGCUGGCCAGCCGCAGCGGCAGCGUGCUCAGCCUGGAGGGCAGCGAGAAGGGCCUGGCCCGUGGCGGCAGCUCCUCGGACGCCCCCGGCGCCCCGCUCCCCCCCGAAGAGGACCUCGGGGUGGCGGUGGCCGCAGAGAGCGGCCCUUCUGUCAAUGGGACGGAGCCCCCGGGCCCGGGCUGCCCCGCGGAGACCGACAGGCCCUCCUGCAAGAAGAAGGAGUCCAUGCUCUCCACCCAGGACCGGCUGCUGCUGGACAGAAUCAAGAGCUACUACGAGAACGCCGAGCACCACGACGCCGGCUUCAGCGUCCGGCGCCGGGAGAGCCUGUCCUACAUCCCCAAGGGCCUGGUGCGGAGCUCCGUCUCCAGGUUCAACAACCUCCCCAAGCAGGACCCGGCGCCGGCGGCCCCCGGGGGGCACAGGAGACCGCCGGGCUCCAGGCCGGCUUCCUGGGUCCUGUUCGACCUCCCGGCACCAGGCCCGGCAGGCGCGGGGGCGGGGGACCCCGGCCCGGUCACAGACGCCGAGUUCCGCCCGUCCUCGGAGAUGGUGAAGGUCUGGGAGGGGAUGGAGUCUUCGGGGGCGAGUCCCCAGAAGGGCCCCGGCCCGUGCCAGGCCAACGGCUUCGACCUGCGCGAGCCGCUCCUCAUCCUGGAGGAGCACGAGCUGGGGGCCAUCACCGAGGAGCCAGCCCCCGCCUCCCCCGAGAGCGCCUCGCCCCCCGGGCGGCCCGGGCCGGCCCGCCUGGCCCGGGAGCUGAAGGAGCUGGUGAGGGAGCUGAGCGGCGGCUCCCAGGCGGAGCUGGCCGCCCCGCUGCACCCCUGCCUCGUGCAGCUCUCCCACAUGAUGGACGGCCCCGUGAGCGAGCGGGUCCGGAACAAGGUCUACCAGCUGGCCCGCCAGUACAGCCUCCGCAUCAAGAGCAGAGUGGGGCCGGCCCGGCCUCUGCUGCCCUGGGAGGACGCGGCGCCCGCCGAUCCCCGCCUGCAGGAGGAGGCGGGAAGGCCGUCCGGUGGCAAAGGCAGGAGGAGGCCGGUGCUGUCCCUCGGCCAGGAGCAGCAGCGGGUCCCGGAGCACAGCCCGCCCCGGCCGCGCUCCGCCGGGGAGGCCUCGCCGCCGCGGCGCUUCUCCUUCAGCCCCCCCGCCGCCGCCUCGAGGGCCUCCUCCCCCGGGGCCCGGCCCUCCGGCCGCAGCCCCCUCAGCCCCCUGGACACCGAGACCUUCCACUGGCCCGACGUGCGCGAGCUCUGCUCCCUGUACGCCUCGCAGGACGCCGCGGCCCGGGCCGAGGGCGGCCGGCCCCGGGGCCUGCCCGUCAGCCGGAGCUGCUCGGUGCCCAACAUGGUGGAGCCGCCGCCGCCCGGCAGGCUGGGCCGCUGCCGCAGCCUGAGGGCCAGGCGGGGCCGCGUGGGCCCGGAGGCCGCCCCGCCCCAGCCCCGGCCCCCCGGGGGGCUGCCCCGCCGCUGGCCGGACGGGGAGGAGGCCCUGCACGUCACCGCGGACCUCGCCCUGGAGGACAACCGGCGGGUGAUCGUCAUGGAGAAGGGGCCCCUGCCCGGCCCCCCUGUGGGACCCGGCUCGCCGGCAGCCGUGGGGGCGCAGGGCCAGGAUCUGCAGGCGUCUGCAGAGAACUGGCCGAAGGAGGAGGGUCCCAGGGACCCGGUGGACCCGAGCCAGCAAGGCCGUGUGCGAAACCUGAGGGAGAAAUUCCAGGCCUUGAACUCCGUAGGUUGA